GAUCACGGCGAACCUCUGAAAGGCAGCAGCACUACCGUUUCAGAAUCGUUCAGUGUCGCGAGCAGAAAGCUCGCAUUAACGUUCCACGAGUAGUUCGCCGCUCGUGACUCGUACGCGAUGAGAGCUCUCCGGCUCCUUCUCGUUUUGCAACUGUGUACCCUGUGUACCCUGUGUACCCUGUCGGCCGCUCAACGAACGGAAUUAGACAACCCAUUCUACUUGCAGCUUUACGGUCAACUUCGUAACAUCUUUUUUCGUGUUUUCGCGAAAAAUAUUGAAAACAGAAGAAUUCAUGACGGACCUGCCUUGCCAAAUGUCCAGGAUGAAGUUCCUCUGAAUGUUCCUUUCCCUUGCAACGUAACAGGCAGCAGAUCUUCGCAAAUACCAACUUCUGUUCAUCGUCUAAGACCAGGGGAUAUAGACAUAAUCGGAGGGAUAGGCGAUUCUAUAACAGCAGGCAAUGCAGUCUUCUCGAAGAGCAUCCUCGAAAUUUUGAUUGAAAGCAGGGGUGUAUCAGGGAGCUCUGGCGGCCAGGGAACUUGGCGAACUUAUACGACGCUUCCGAAUAUUCUCAAAGAAUUUAACCCAAAGUUGAAUGGCUACGCUGUCGGGGAUUCGUAUAUUACACAUGAAGCUUCGCAAUUCAACGUCGCCGAGGCUGGUGCAAUGUCUCGAGAUAUGCCUUUCAUGGCUGAAUAUCUAGUUAACCGAAUGCGGAAGGAUCCAAGGGUUGACAUGAACAAACACUGGAAGUUGAUUACAGUGAUGGUCGGAAGCAACGAUUUUUGUAUCAACAUGUGUGGAUCUUCUUCACCCUGGUCUAUUUUGGAGGAGCACAAAACAGAUCUAGUGAAAACCCUCAGAAUACUGAAGGCUAAUUUACCGCGGACAUAUGUUGCUCUGAUUUUGUCACCCCACUUGAGAGCGCUUGUCGAGGCUCAAGAUAACCCCAAAGACAUAAAUUGUUACAUGAUAACAAGGUUCGAAUGUUCCUGCUUACUUGGCUUGCAAUUUCGAUCCAUGAGAAAUGAAUAUUACAGAAUCAUGGACAGGUGGCACGAUUUGGAUAGAAUAGUUGCAGAGUAUCCAGAGUUUCACACGGACGAUUUUACAGUAGAAAUACAACCUUGUCUUGCGAAUGUAAAGUUUCCAAGGCACAAAGACGGAAAUGUCGAUGAAUCGUAUUUUGCUGCUGAUUGUUUUCAUGUAACUCAAAAAACGAACGCGUUAUAUGGAAACUGUUUGUGGAACAACUUGAUGGAAUCGUAUGACGAGAAGUCUGACCACUGGCUGCCGUUGUUUCAAAAGUUCCUGUGUCCUACACGAGAAAGACCGUAUCUAGUCACACGCCAGAAUUCCAAGGGCAGUAACAAUUUAUAAAGCGAGGCCUUUUCUUCGAUGUAUGCACGCUGUACGAUAUUGUCAUAAUGGGCAAUGUAAAAGCGUCAUUAUUUCAUAUUAGUAAUUAAUUUAUGUAUUUAAAUGUGCAAGAAUGUAUGAACUAUAGCAUCCUAGCGAAAAGUCAGUGGCAUCCACUGAUGGACGCUGAUCAAAUAUGGGUGGUGUUAAUGUUAAUGGUUGACAUUAUAAAUUGUAAUGUCAAAUUACGCGCAUAACUGCAUAUAAUUAUUUUGGUAAUAAGCGGGAUUUAAAAAGAGGGCUGUGAUUCAAAAGAAAAUCAGGAACUGUGAUUUAAGCGACGAUGAUACUGAAAUCAAAAAAUUAAUUUAUAUUCAAUCAAUUAGUCUAUUAGCAGCGAAUUGCCAUAAUUAGUAUAAUAAUUACAAGAAACGUUACUGUAGUGUUAUCUUAAGUAGAGCCUUACGUGGAAUUUAAAUAAAUUAAACAAAUUACAAUUGUAACAUGAUAUUACCCAAUUAAAUUAUUGCUUUGUUUUUAAGUUGAAUUUGCACUUGUUUCGAGUAUGCAGAAUUGGAUUUGAACCAUAGUUAGAUAAUGUAAUAUACGAAUAAUGCUCAUCCAGAUGUUAAGUUAACCAAGUCUUUGAAAAUACCUCAUCACUGCUCGUGCAUGUAAUGAUACAUAAUCUACGAUCUAUAACAUAAUUUACUAUGUCAGCUUAUUAUGUAAAUGACCAUUGUGACCCGAUUAUUUAAAAUAAAAACAAUAUUUUACAUCGUA